UUCACGACGGAGUAGUUACCCGAAGCGACAGAAGCAUUAACUUUGGACAAUCCCUGGUAGAGGAAAGUGUACUCCGUAUAGAGGAGGUAGAUACCUCAGGCUACUAUUGUGGAGUCACUGGAGCGAACCUACACGCUAGCCUGUUAGCGCACGGCUUGGCAUGCAGGUUUCCGCCGCGUGGCUGGCAGAGUGGAGCACAGGUUCGUCCACUUUGCCCGAUCCGGCGAUCGACGCCACCUUCGCACGUGGCGGAAUUCGAUUUCCAUCUCUUUUGCCUCUUUUUCUUUUUUCUUCUUUUCUCUUUUCCUUUGCCGUUUCUAUUCUCCACCUGUUCCUGGUGCCUGUGACGGUCAAUUGCCACUGGGAGUCAUCUAUCUAGUGUAGAGUAUGAUGGUAGACAGUACUACUACCUAGCUACUGAGUACUAUACUACAUA